AUGCUCCAUUUCCGCCAUCUCCAGCCAUCCCUUUUUCGCCGCUCUGCGUCGCUACGCUCGCUGUCGACGUCACCUCGCAGCUUUCGCAAGAUUCUUGUGGCUAAUCGCGGAGAAAUCGCUUUACGCGUCUUGCGCUCGGCCCAGAAGCUCAACAUCGAGACUGUCGCUGUCUAUAGCGACGCUGACGCCAACUCACAGCAUGUAAAGAUGGCUACAGAAGCCUAUCGACUGGGCCCUGCAGCAGCCAGCGAGAGUUACUUGAACUUCCCUAAAAUCCUGGAGAUCUGCCGUCUCUCGGAGGCUGAGGCGGUGCAUCCAGGCUAUGGCUUCCUAUCGGAAAACGCGGCAUUUGCUCGGGCUUGCCAAGAGGCUGGCAUUGAGUUCAUUGGACCUUCGGUCAAAGCUAUUGAAGACAUGGGCUCUAAGAGCGCAUCCAAGGACAUUAUGAUCAAGGCCGGCGUGCCGGUCACCCCUGGAUAUCACGGAGACGACCAGAGCUUCGCAACAUUACAAAGAGAAGCUAGGAAGAUUGGAUACCCAGUGCUUAUCAAAGCAGUGCUGGGAGGUGGAGGCAAAGGCAUGAGAAUCGUCGAUGAAGACAAGGAACUGCAAGAAGCUCUGGAUGCUUGUGUAAGAGAGGGACAAGCUUCUUUUGGAGACGGGCGCGUCUUGAUUGAAAAGUAUCUGAAGAAACCAAGACAUGUGGAGCUUCAGAUCUUUGGUGAUAAGCAUGGAAAUGUUAUUCAUCUCUUUGAGAGAGACUGCAGUGUGCAACGUCGACAUCAGAAAGUAUUGGAAGAAGCUCCGGCUCCUAACAUGUCCGAGGCGCUGCGCAAGAAAAUGGGAGAUGCAGCUGUAGCUGCAGCAAUGGCUGUGGGCUACGUUGGUGCUGGCACGGUAGAAUUCCUUUUAGACGAGGACGAGUCGUUCUAUUUCAUGGAGAUGAAUACGCGUCUACAAGUGGAACACCCGGUCACUGAAAUGAUCACAAAGCAAGAUUUGGUGGAGCUGCAAUUGAAGGUUGCCGCAGGCCAAAAGCUUCCGAUCCGUCAGGAGGACCUGAGCAUUCACGGACACGCUCUUGAGGCCCGCAUCUACGCUGAAAACCCGUACAAUGACUUUCUUCCUGGGAGUGGGACGCUGCAGCAUCUCCGCUUGCCAUACACAUCACAAGACGUCCGCGUGGAUACUGGCAUCGUAGAAGGUGACGAAGUGUCAAUUUUCUACGACCCAAUGAUCGCCAAGCUGAUUGUGCACGGUGAAAACCGCCAGGCAGCACUGGAUAAGAUGAUUAAAGCGCUGCACGAGUACCAGAUCGUGGGCCUUCCCACAAACAUCGAGUUUGUGACUCGCACAGUCGACCACGCCACAUUCCGCAAAGGUGCUGUUGAUACGAGUUUUCUUAACAAGUUUGGUGACGAGGUUCUUGGCUCGUUGGGAGCGUACCCUCCUUAUGCCAAGGCGCUUGGGGCUGUGAGUUUGCUGCUGCUGGAGCAAGGUAUAUACCUGCCUGCUGGGAACCAUAAUGGCGAACUCCAGUCUCCUUGGUUGGACGAUUCCCUUUCACACUUCCGUUCAUUAGAAACGCUAGAAAGGAAAUUUCAUCUAAGCCACGACGACGAGAAAGCUUUGGUGACUGUCAAAUGUUUAUCGAAGACAACCUACGAAGUUUUAAUGAAUAACAAUGGUGCUCGAGAGAGCCUCUCGGUUAGUGGUGCGAUCGACAAGAACGGCGACUUUAAGAUCCGAGUGAACAAUCGCACAUAUAAGGGAACAGCUGUGGUUCACAACCACGACCUACACCUCUUUUGCAAUGACAACAGCCUGCGCUACGAAUACAAGUUCCACAUCCCGCUGCCGACUUUUGAACCAGCAGAAGGAAGCUCGGAUUCUUCUGCACACAGCAAGAUCGUGGCGCCGAUGCCAGGCAAGAUCAUUAAGGUGUUGGUGAAAAACGGCGACAAGAUCACGGCGGACCAACCCCUCGUGAUUAUGGAGGCCAUGAAGAUGGAGCAUGUGAUCCGGGCACCAACAGAUGGUAAAGUGCAGGAACUAUUGUGCGAGAUGGACGACUUUGUAACAGAUGGUUACGUGCUCGUCAAACUCGAGUAG